UCAACACCUGGAGCACAGCUUUCCCCUGGACCUUUGUGCAGAAGGUGGCUCUUAGCUGCGGGUAGACAAGGAUUGAGCCAGAGAAGGAGUACAGAGCAGAGCCAUGAAUAUUAUCUUGGAUCUCCUCCUUCUUCUGCUCACCAUCAUCUACUCCUAUUUGGAGGCAUUGGUGAAAAUUUUCAUUCCCCAAAGGAGAAAAUCUGUGGCUGGGGAGACUAUCCUCAUUACAGGAGCCGGACAUGGAAUAGGCAGGUCGACUGCCUAUGAAUUUGCAAAACGGAAGAGCAGACUGGUUCUGUGGGAUAUUAAUAAGCACAGUGUUGAGGAAACAGCAGCUGAAUGCAGAAAACUGGGGGCCACCGUGCAUGUAUAUGUCGUAGACUGCAGUAACCGAGAAGACAUUUAUAACUCUGUAAAGCAGGUAAAGAAAGAAGUAGGAGAUGUAACCAUCUUGGUGAAUAAUGCUGGGGUAGUAUAUCCAGCUGACCUUCUUAGUACCAAGGAUGAGGAGAUUACCAAAACUUUUGAGGUCAACAUCCUAGGACAUUUUUGGAUCACAAAAGCACUUCUUCCAUCAAUGAUGAAGAGAAAUCAUGGCCACAUCGUCACAGUGGCUUCAGUGUGUGGCCAUGGGGUGAUUCCGUAUCUUAUUCCAUAUUGUUCCAGCAAAUUUGCUGCUGUUGGCUUCCACAGAGCUCUGACAUUAGAACUUGAAGCCUUGGGAAAAACUGGAAUCCAAACCUCGUGUCUCUGCCCAGUUUUUGUGAAUACUGGGUUCACCAAAAACCCAAGCACAAGACUAUGGCCUGUAUUGGAGACAGAUGCAGUUGCAAGAAGCUUGAUAGAUGGAAUACUUACCAAUAAGAAAAUGAUUUUUGUUCCAUCAUAUAUCAAUCUACAUCUAAUACUAGGAAGAUUUCUUCCUGAACGUGCCUUGGCAGCUAUAAAUCGUUUACAGAAUAUUCAAUUUGAAGCAGUGAUUGGCCACAAAACCAAAAGGAAAUGAAUAAACGAGCUCCAGCCAGAAAUGCAGCUUAAUGAUGUAAAUCUAAGUUUAGAAUUAAUGCUUCAAAGCUUUAUUUCACAUUUUUCAAUAAUGUUAAUAAUAAAAACAUUGGUUUGACAUUA